AAGUUGAGCAAUGGUAUCUCCAAUGUUCAACUUGGCCAAAACUUCUCUAAAAAUUCUGGGAUUCACUGCUUUGGUUAGGAUAUCAGCCAAUUGUUCCUCGGAUCGCACAAACGGGAAUUCUAUGACUCCACCUUCCAAUUUUUCUUUAAUGAAGUGGCGAUCGACUUCAACGUGUUUGGUUCGAUCAUGUUGUACUGGAUUUUCUGAUAUGCUGAUUGCCGCUUUAUUGUCACAGAAUAACUUACUCUUUCGGUUUGGGGGAAAACCGAUCUCAGUAAGUAAUCUCCUAAGCCAUAUGAUCUCCAUGAGUCCACUCUUGAUGCCUCGGAACUCUGCUUCAGCACUUGAUAAGGCUACAACCUUUUACUUCUUACUUCUCCAAGUAACUAGGUUGCCUCCGAUGAAGGUUCAGCUCCCUCAACAAUUUUUAGCCCAUGAUUCGGUAUCAUUGGUGUGUCAGCAGGCUUGCAAUCUAAGAGGCCAGUUUCUGCCAACAUGUCGAGGACAUAUUUUCUCUGUCUUAAGAAUAUUCCAUGAUUCGACCUGAGCACUUCAAUUCCUAAGAAGUAUUUUAGAGGGCCGAGAUCUUUCAUGUCAAAUUCUUUAAACAGAUUGAUCUUGAGGUUGUUGAUUUCUUCUGUGU